CCUCCAGUCCCCCUCGGCCGCUAGCUCGCAUUAGCCGCCACCGCCAAACAGGCGUCUACGCUGGAGGUCAAAGCUUUUUAGCUGAGAACGGGUUAACAACAUGUCAGGAAACUGCAAUAUAUACCUUUUGAUCUUCAUAUUGGGACUUGGAGUUUCUUCUGGAUUGGAGAUUUCCAAAUCAGGAUGCAAAGAAACCAAAGGCUGUGUGUCUUUUCCAUACGAUUGCAAGGGCUCUUCUGACUGUAACUAUUUAGUCACUUAUGUGGCUGGAAAAGAUAGCGUUUACUUUGAGAUGAGUGCUAAAGAUGACUGGGUGUCCAUUGGCUUCAACCAAGAUAAAGCUGGGAUGGUUGGUACUGACGCCAUUAUCUGCUCCAGGCCUGCUAGUGGAUCUAGCAUUUUAAUUGGUCAUUACUAUUUGAGCAGCAAAAAUACCCCAACCAUUACCACACCUACCCCUACUGGCCUGUUCAAUACUUCUGGAGAAUUCAAUGGUGGGAUAAUCAGAUGCAGCUUUACCAGGAACAAAGUACCAUCAAGUAACAUGAAGUAUGACUUGUCCAACAAGCAGUAUCUGGUUUAUGCCAGAGGAGAAGUUGCAAGUGGAAUCCUACAGUACCACUCAUGGAAAUCCAGCUCCAGUAACAAGGUAGACGUGUUGGCAACCACCGGUGCAGAGUCAAGAAAGCGAGCUCUACUCCUCACUCAUGGGGCCCUCAUGCUGAUUGCAUGGGUGGGGUUUGCCACUGUUGGCAUGGCAACUGCUCGCUACAUGAGGACAUUUUGGGGAGAUAGCAAGAUUAUGAGCCUGUUGGUGUGGUUUCAGAUCCAUAGAAGCUGUAUGGUUAUUGUAGUCUUGUCAACAAUUAUCAGCACAAUCCUGGUGUUUGUUUAUGUUGGAGGAUGGUCUGAGAUUGGUGCACAUGCAUACAUUGGAAUUGCUGUUCUUGUCCUGGCAGUACUUCAGCCAAUGAUUGCAGUUUUCAGGCCUCACCCGGGGGAUGACAAGCGAUAUAUCUUCAACAUGGUUCAUCAAACAAUUGCUUUCAUUGCAUCUGUAUUAGGAAUUGUGAACUGUUUCCUUGGUGUAGAAGCCCUGACUGAAACUCACCGCUCCGGGUUCGUCGUAAUGAUAAUCUUCGUCGUGGUCAACUUCUUGCUGACAGUCGCAUUCGAGGUUUACAUGUGGAAGGACAAGAGCAAACCCCCUCCCCCUCACCCUAAUGACGAUCAGGGCAUGCAAGUCGAGGAAGAGGAGCGGUCGAACGGAAGGGAGAUUGUACGCAAGGUGCUCUACGUUUGUUGGAUUCUGCUGGCAUUCGUCUGCUGUGUCGUGCUCCUCGUCUUAAUCGGGAGGAAGAACAGCAGAUAAGCUAACACGAUGCUGAAGUAACUAUCCGUGGUCUUCGUUACUUGUAGUUGGUGGAUCCAGCGCUUCACACGUGCCCAAGAAGCAUCAUGACUAUGGCGCAAGCUAGAUGAGGUUCCUUCUACCAGGGCAGUCGGGUCCAUGACUUGUGGCAUUAUUUACUUGUAUAUCGGCUUUUUUAGGAAUAUCCACAUUUUUUUCUAUUUUAUAAAUUGAUUUUGUUGUCAAAAGGUAAUAUUUGUAUAACGCACAUAGGUAAAUUGAUGAAUAAAUAGAUAUAGGUAUAGACAAUGUGAAUAACAGUAACUUAGGCGGAAGACAUCAUUCCCCUUUUCAGUUUUUCCAUAAGAAAAAACUUUAUUGGCUAUUAGUCCAUGGGCCAGAGGGUGUGCUGAGGCUCACUCAAAGGGACAAAGACUGAGUGGUAUAACAUAACAGACAACCUAGACGAGUUUUUCGUCAAAAAACGCGAUCUAACAUGGAAACGAGGCUCUCCUUUACAAAAUAAUUCAUAUAAGCUUACUGAUCUUCGAACAUGCGUUUGUCAAGUAUUUUAUACUACUAAUGAUAUAUUCCUUAAUAUCCAAUCGAGAAAUAAACAAAAAAGAAUCUCUAAA